AUGGCGAGCGUCGAUGUUGCUGCCCUCGGCGCCGUUCCUGCAAAUGGAGGGGCAACGACGGCUUCCCACCCCUACACCUGCAACACCUGCUCUGUUGCCUACCGAAACAUCGACCUUCAGCGAGGCCAUAUGAAGAGCGACUGGCACCGAUACAACCUCAAGCGCAGAGUCGCCUCCCUUCCUCCUAUUGCCUCCGAGGUCUUCAACGAAAAGGUCCUCCAGGCUCGCGCCGUUCAGACCGCUGAGGCAGAGAAGGCUCUCUUCGAACGUUCCUGCGACGCCUGCCAGAAGUCGUACUCGAGCGAGAACGCCUACCAGAACCACUUGACGAGCCAGAAGCACAAGGUCCGUGUCGCUGCUAUUGCUAGACGCAAGGGCGGUGUUGCCGAUGAUGCCAGCUCCGUCAUGAGCUCCACCUUCUCUCUUGGUGAGCCUAUCGCCGUCGAUAAGGAGAGCGAGUUGGAUUCCGAGGCCGAAGAGGAAUUCACUCAGGUCGUCGAGGGCCUGAAGAAGACCAACAUCCACGAGUCCCACGGCGAGCGCCCCUCACCCGUCAAGCGCCCCUCCAACCCCCACCUCUCUGCUCAAGGUCAGCGCGAAGACGUUAACAUGAACCGCGACUCCGAAUCUGCAACCCCCGUGCAGUCAAAGCCAGAGAUCGCUUGGACCAUCAAGUCCUGCUUGUUCUGCAACUACGAGUCGCCCAGCGUUUCGCUCAACGCCAACCACAUGGAGCGAUUCCACGACAUGUUCAUUCCCGAGAAGCAGUACCUUGUUGAUCUGGACGGCUUGCUUCAGCAUUUGCAGGAACGCGUCCACGAUGGUCACCAGUGCCUGUACUGCUUCAAGACCAAGAAGACGGCUUUCGCUGUGCAGACUCACAUGCGUGACAAGGGCCACUGCAAGAUUCCGUACGAUACAGAGGAGGUUCAGCUCGACAUUGGUGAUUUCUACGAUUUCCGAAGCACCUACUCUGAUGGCGAGGACUCAGACGAGGAAGAGGACGAGGCCGAUGAGAAUGGUGGAGCCAAGUUGGGUCUGAAGCGCCCGACGAAGUUGGUUGGGGAGGACGGCGAGGAGGUUGAGGAGGGUGGAGAUGAUGGCUGGGAGACGGACAGCUCGGCUUCUUCACUUGACUCGGAUGAGCUGACGGCCUUCACCGCGGACGGCAAGUACGAACAAUUCGAGCGCCUCGACAAGCACCCUCAUCACUCUACCAACGAUCCGCGUGCCCGCCACCAGGCCGAUGGCUGGCACUCACACGCCCACAAGCACACUCGUGCUGUCUUCUACGACGAGUACGAGCUGCACUUGCCCUCUGGCAAGGCAGUCGGUCACCGCUCUCACAACCGAUACUUCAGACAGAACCUCCACAACUACCCUACCGAGGAGGAGCGCGCCGAGCGUCUGGCCAUUGAGGCUGGUUCUGGCUCGGGCGAUGAGAUGGAUGUUGAUGGUAGAGAGGUCGCCACCACCGGCGAUCGCAAGACUCGCAACCGUGCCAUCGCUCGCAGAGAUGCUGCUGGCAUGGCUGGUGCGUCUGACAAGCAGAAGCGCGUUGUUAGACAGGAAGAGGUCAGAGGCCGGAGCACCGCCACCCGUCACCAGAAGCGCUACGACUACGGAGUCAGCGAGAAGUUGAACAACCAGAAGAACUUCUACUACCGCUACCAGGCCGGUGUAUCAUUCGGCACCAUUGGCAAUGAAUAUCAAAUUUUCAGAACAAUAAUCUGGUUCUCAUAUUUGGCUCGUGAAAAUCGAUGGAUGAGCAGCAGACCGACUUACAACGCAUGGCUACCCCAACCAGAUGCUGACGGUUGGUACGAUGGGCGGAAACACCCAAGACGACUGGAAGAGUUCGACAACGGGAAGACUCGCGCAAGGGAGGACCAGCGCGUACGGGCGAACACUAGGCUCUCGCCCCCAUCGCGGUCGGGCGGUACACCUGCUAGACGGUCAGGCAGCGACUUCAGCUCAAGAAGCUCUGAGGUUCUUAACAUCCUUGUCGAGGAGGAGUCCUCCCCGGCCAAGGAGGCCACACAGGGACGAUGGACCGCCGGCACCCAAGAGGAAGGGUGGCGGUUUUGUACUAAUGGUUUCAUACUCGGAGGGCCCAUACUGAUAUCCAGCCAGCCGAAACUAUCUCAAGAAGAACUGGACAAGAUCAGCAAACCCAAGGACGUCUGGGAAGCCAGAUCACUCUACUUCGUCCCCCCCAAGAGAUCAAAAGAACACCAGAAACCCAUCCGGCAACCCAAACCGCCAAAACCCGAACCCUCCCGAAGGAACCGCGACGCAGCAGCCAUGAUCGCCAGCCCAGACGCCAUCAAAGCAGCAAUCUCAAUCUCAGAAAAGGACCUCCGCCUAGCGCGGAGACCGCCCCCGCCGCCCCCCGAAAUCGAACUCGAGGGCGACGGCGGCAGCCUCGUCGCGGACCCCAUCGCCAACGACGACGUCCUCCCGCACGCCCUCGCCGCCCGCUUCUUCCUGUCCCCGCCCGCGACGUUCCUGUACUCGGCCUUUCGGCUGAAGCACCACCCGCUCAACACCACCACGCCCGAGAUCUGCGUCGUCGGCGCCAGCAACUGCGGGAAAUCGUCCUUCAUUAACGCCCUCACCGGCGCGGCGUCGCUCGCGAAAGUAAGCGAUCGCGCGGGCAAGACCGUCUCCAUGAACGCGUACGGCGUGGGACCCUUGACGGGCCUUCCUUUCCGGAAACCAGUCGCCUCCCCUUCUUCUUCCUCGUCCGAGGGCGGCGGCGCCACAAAGGAAGAGAAGCCAGAACACGGCAUAAUCCUCGUCGACACCCCCGGCUACGGCUACGCCUCCCACGAAGAAUGGGGCCGCGAAAUCGUCGAAUAUAUCAACAAGCGCACCAUGCUCCGCGGCAUCGUCCUCCUCCUAUCCUCCGAGAAAAAGGUAUCCGAAAAGGACGCGCAAAUCGUAAAACUCCUCGCCGACGCCGGCCGCCCCGUGAUGCUCGUCUUUACAAAAAUGGACAAAGCGCUCUCCCGUAAGGCGCGCGAGGAAGGCGGCAUCGCGCAGCGGUUACGCGAGGCGGAGCGCUGCUUCGCGAGGACGGGGUGGGAUGGCUGGGUGAAGAGGGUGUACAUCACCGCGGCGCGGAUGGAGCGCGAUAAGAGCUGGAAGGUGGAUGAGGGGACGCGGAGCGGUGCGGCGGGGAUGGCGGGGGUGAGGAUGGGGGUCCUAGAGUUGGCGGGUGUGAGGGAGUUUGUUGCGCCUGAGAAGGCUAGCAAGAUGGUCGCUCAGCGGAGGGCGGCGCAAAAGUCGCAAAAGACGCAGGACAAGGGCGGGGAGGAGGAAGAGGAAAAGAGGCUGGAGCCGGGUAAGGCUUUGGAGAGUGAUCCGGCGGCGUGGUCUGGGGACGUGGUUUCGUUUGAGGAGCUGGAGAAGAAGUUUGGGGACUGGAUACGCACGGAUUGGGCACGCGAGCAUUUCACUCAUAAACUUCGGGAGACCCCAAUGAUGAACCAACGCUUCGACAAGUUCCAUCAUAUGGAACUCCUUGGUUCCUCCGUUUCAGUAUGA